UUCGUUUAAUUCCAAAUCCCUACACAGAGACCUAAAGGAGCCAAAAUGCUGACGUGCAUAGCUCGUUCGAAGCAUCCCGGUGAUGAUUCCCUAAAUCAAGAUCCCAAUGCCACUCCAACUACCAAGCAAUCCCUCAAAUCUCUCACCUAUCAGAUAAAGGACAUGGCAUGGAAGGCAUCGGGGGCGUACCGAAACUGCACUCCGUGUACGGGAGCAAUAACGACUCAGCACCGACAAAAGAGCUGCCGUGGCGGCGAGUCGAACUUGGCAUUGGAUCAGAGAUUCCGGUGGUCGCACAGGCGGACGGCGAGCUUGAACUCGGCAUCGACGGCGGGGUCGAGACAGUGGGGGAAGGAAAUGGAGGAGAGGUUGAAGGGGAUGUCGAGCGGCGAGGGGACGCCGGCGGCGUCUGCGAGCGGGCGCCGAGUCGACCCGGUCGUGUUCGUGGAGGAGCACGAGCCCAAGGAGUGGGUUGCGCAGGUGGAUUCCGGUGUUCUCAUUACCUUCGUGUCCAUGCCACGCGGUGGGAACGAUCUCAAGCGCAUUCGGUUCAGCCGAGAGAAGUACAACAAAUGGCAAGCUCAAAGAUGGUGGACAGAGAACUAUGAUAGAGUAAUGGAGCUCUAUAACGUCCAGAGGUUAAACCGCCAAGCAUUCCCACUUCCUCCAACCCCUCCCAGAUCUGAAGCUGAGAGCAUCAAAACCGGGCAUGCUGAAGAUAAUACCCCUGCUACUCCUCCACUGCGAAAUGAACACCACCCGGUGCAAUCUCGGUAUAACUAUGAUUCGGGUCUCACCUCAACCCCAGAAAUCUCCAGCAUUAGUGGAGCUAAGACUGAAACAUCAUCGGUAGAUGCCUCCUUAAGGACUAGCUCAUCAAGGGAGGCAGAUCGCUCUGGGGAGAUAUCCGUCAGUAAUGGUAGCGGUCUAGAGACUGAAUGGGUUGAAGAGGAUGAACCUGGGGUUUACAUUACCAUCAGAGCACUGCCUGGGCGGAAAAGGGAACUCAGACGUGUCCGAUUCAGUCGAGAAAAGUUUGGGGAGAUGCAUGCUAGACUGUGGUGGGAAGAGAAUCGAGCCAGGGUACAUAAACAAUACUUGUGAAUUACUGAAUGGUUCCAGCCGGCGAUCUUAUUUGCUGAUUUUGGAGGUGGGGUAUUUAUAGUGUCCUCUUGCCAUACCAAUGAAGCGUCUUCUUUACGAUAACGGCAAGAUGCGCACACACAUUGUUUCUUAAUUUGCGUCCACAUUAGAGUAGUCCCGGCCGCUUUCCAACUGCUUCUGCAACAUCCUUGUGGGUUGUGGCCUCUCUCUCCUUUUUGUAAAACUGUGAUCCAUGGCCGAAGGAUUUGGGUUCUGUACUUGGAAUAUUGGUGGUAUAGAAGUUGAAAUUUCACAACUCUUCGGCUUUUGAAAUACAAAUGAGAGGCCUAUUUCUAGGUUCCCUUUGUUUUGUAGAGCUGGAGAGGAGCUAGCAAUGCUACUACGGUUUUUGUGUGGAGCUUAUUAAGAGUUGUGUCCUAUAAACUGGUAAUGGGUAGACUGAUUUCUUUGGAAAAAAUUGAAGUGCACUGAUUUACUUGAGCUAAAGCUCGUUCAA